UCUCCUGUAGAUGGCUAGUUCUUUGGAGAUAGUGUAUUUAUAGCUCAUCUAGCUAACAAAUGCCUGACUGUCUAAUUACUAAAUACAUAGUUUGGGUAAUCCAAUGCAGCAAUAAGCUGCUGCACUAGUUCCUGUACUCUCAUUCUCAGACUAGACAGCAGAAGCAUCACCAGGUUGCAGCAAGGACAGGAUUCUAGACACCAAAAUGACUGAACGCUUUGACUGUCACUACUGCAAGGAGUCCCUGUUUGGCAAGAAAUACAUCCUGAGAGAGGAGAGCCCCUAUUGUGUGAAGUGUUAUGAGAGCCUUUACUCCAACACUUGUGAGGAAUGCAAAAAACCAAUUGGCUGUGAUUGCAAGGAUCUGUCCUACAAGGACCGGCACUGGCAUGAAACCUGUUUUCACUGCUUCCAAUGCAAGAACUCAUUGGUGGACAAACCUUUUGCUGCAAAAGAGGAGCAUCUACUUUGUACUGAAUGCUAUUCCAAUGAAUACUCUUCCAAAUGCAAUGAGUGCAAGAAGACUAUCAUGCCAGGUACACGCAAGAUGGAGUAUAAGGGCAACAGCUGGCAUGAGACCUGCUUUAUCUGCCAUCGUUGUCAACAACCAAUUGGAACAAAGACCUUCAUCCCCAAAGAUAAUCAAAACUUCUGCGUACCCUGCUAUGAAAAGCAGUUUGCCAUGCAGUGUGUCCAGUGUAAGAAGGCUAUCACUACAGGAGGUGUAACUUACCGGGAGCAGCCCUGGCACAAGGAGUGCUUUGUUUGUACUGGAUGCAAGAAGCAGUUGUCUGGACAGCGCUUUACUUCCCGGGAUGAGUUUGCAUAUUGCCUGAGUUGCUUCUGCAAUCUCUAUGCCAAAAAGUGCGCUGGAUGCACCAACCCCAUCAGUGCAAACUUAACUUCUGUGAGCGUCUAUUGAGAGGGACUCAACACUGCAAAAGGACAUCUCCAGGGAACUUGGGUUCAAUGAUGGUUACCUUCAAUGCAAGGUUUGGACUGGCAGAGUCCUAAAGCAUUUGUUGGCAAGGCAGGUGUGUUAAGCUUGUCAAGCUGAUGUGUCAGGGAGCUGAAACAGCUCAGCAGCAGCAAAGUUCACCCUUCCUGAGGCAGAGUGGUAACAUGGUGGCUCACAAUUCCGGUUGUCCUGAGUAAGAUGUCACAAUAAUUAUUGUGACAGGUGUUCUAAAAUUAAGUUAGGUUUAUGGGAUGAUUUAGUAAAAAAUGGUGUAACAUUUACCAAAAUUACAACUGCAAUAUUGCAAACACUUAUGCACAUACUUAACUUUAAGGAGUAGUCUCAGUGACUUUGAAUACACUUCCACAUCACUAUUUCAAUUAAACAGGUUUAAUUACAUUACAAAAUAAAUCUACACUACCGAAAAGAUUACUUUUAAAUCAGUUUAUUUAAAUAAGAUAAAACUACUUAAAAGACCACUCUUUACAUACAAAAUGUACAUUAACAUGUGAAACUUUUCUGUACUGAAGUAUAAAACCUGCACACAGGUUUUAGUGUUUAGUAAAAGGAAACGAGCACACAAUAUUUAAAAAACACACACCAUUCUUACUAUUUUACAGCAUUCAGAAGUGCCUUUGAUUCCACAAUAAUGAAUGGGAAACUCCCGUCUCAGCCAUAUCUGAUGUAGACCACUGUUCAUAUUAUCAAUACAUAUACAUUU